AAUGUCAAUGUUCUUCUUCCGUUUGCAUAAUCUUCAGCGUGCUGAGGAGAGUAAGCGUAAAAAGCGUGCCGAACGCCAGCGUCAGCAGCAACGUCAUCGUCGCGGUGCCAAAGUUUUUCGCUGUGUCAGUGAUUCAGCGGGUCAUUUGACAUUAGCGCCCAGUCGUUUGUUCGAAAAGACACCCAUGAGUCCAUCAGAUAGUCUAGACGAAAUAGCUCUACAGAUACCUAGAGUACGUGUGGAAUACUAUGUUAAUGAAAACACAUUUAAAGAAAGACUGCAACUCUACUUCAUUAAGAAUCAGAGAUCAAGUUUACGCAUACGAAUAGCUGAUUUAUUUUUUAAAUUAUUAGCGUGUGUUUUGUAUAUAUUACGUGUGAUAACGGAUUCAGAUCCAACCUAUGCCACAUGUUAUGGCUGUACGGUUAGCAAUAAAACGGAAUUUCUGGCCUCGGCCCAAUUAACCGAAGAGGAAUUCCAGGAGAAACCCAUUAUCAAUUGGGAGGCAAUAUUGUGGGUAAAUCGUCCCACAGUGUUAUGGGCUGUUCAAUUAAUUUUAGCUUUAGUCUCACUAACAGAAGCCGUACUCUUAACAUAUUUAGGCUAUAAGGGAAAUAUAUGGCAACAAAUACUUUCGUUUCAUUUUAUAUUAGAAUUAAUUACGACAAUACCUUUUGCAUUAACGAUAUUAUGGUCUCCAUUAAGAAAUUUAUUCAUACCCAUAUUCCUAAAUUGCUGGUUGGCGAAACGUUCUCUGGAGAACAUGUUCAACGAUUUACAUCGGGCCAUGCAAAAGUCACAGUCAGCCUUGUCACAACAAUUGACAAUAUUGUCGGCCACAUUGUUGUGUUUAGUUUUUACCAGUGUUUGUGGCAUACAACAUUUUCAACGUGCCGGCCAUCGUCAUCUCAAUUUAUUUCAGUCCACCUAUUAUGUGGUGGUCACCUUUUCAACGGUGGGUUACGGUGAUUUUGUGCCCGACAUUUGGCCCUCACAGUUGUACAUGGUCAUAAUGAUUUGUGUGGCUUUAAUUGUUCUGCCGACUCAGUUCGAACAAUUAGCCUUCACAUGGAUGGAGCGACAAAAGCUGGGCGGCAGUUAUUCCUCACAUCGUGCCCAAAGUGAAAAGCAUGUCGUGGUGUGUUCGACGACCCUGCAUGCCGAUACGAUAAUGGAUUUUCUCAACGAGUUCUAUGCCCAUCCGCUGCUGCAGGACUACUAUGUGGUGUUACUCAGUCCCAUGGAAUUGGAUACAACGAUGCGUAUGAUUCUACAAGUGCCAAUAUGGGCUCAGCGUGUCAUUUAUAUACAGGGAUCCUGUUUAAAGGAUGGCGAUUUGGCACGAGCACGCAUGAAUGAGGCUGAGGCCUGUUUUAUAUUGGCCGCACGCAAUUAUGCCGAUAAGACUGCUGCCGAUGAACACACAAUCUUACGUUCGUGGGCUGUUAAAGAUUUUGCCCCCAAUGUUCCGCAAUAUGUGCAAAUAUUCAGACCUGAACAUAAGCUUCAUGUUAAAUUCGCUGAACAUGUCGUGUGUGAGGACGAAUUUAAAUAUGCUUUGUUGGCUAAUAACUGUACAUGUCCUGGUGCCAGUACCCUGGUGACAUUAUUGUUGCAUACAUCACGGGGCCAGGAGGGUCAGCAAUCGCCCGAAGAAUGGCAUCGUUUAUAUGGCAAAUGUUCGGGCAAUGAAAUCUAUCACAUCGUUUUGGGUGAUAGUCGUUUCUUUGGCGAAUAUGAGGGUAAAAGUUUUACCUAUGCCAGUUUUCAUUCACAUCGAAAAUACGGCGUGGCCUUGGUGGGUGUGCGUCCAGCUCAUUUGCCCGAAUUCUAUGAGGAUACGAUAUUAUUAAAUCCCGGUCCCAGGCAUAUCAUGAAAAAGGAUGACACCUGCUAUUACAUGAGCAUUACCAAGGAGGAGAACUCUGCAUUUGUGGUUAAUCAAAAUCAGCAAAAUCAAAAUGCGGAUACAAUGGCGGGCAAGGAAAAUGCAUCGGAUAAUCCCACAUCUGUGAUAAUCUCAGAUUCCAAACAGAAUCUCAAAGAUACUGCGGUAACAUCGACAAAUGCAACGCAAACACCUGCAGCAACGACUACAACCACUGUCACUACCACCACCAUACCAUUAAGUCUGGGCGGAGGAGGAGGCGGUGGCCUCGGUAAUAUGGGCGGCGGCGGAGGAGGUGGUAGUAGUUCUUUACAUGGUAGCUUAGGUAAUACAUUGGGUAUCGGUGGAGGAGGAGGGGUAGGUAGUAGCAGCUGUGGUGGUGGAGGCGGUGGCCUUACUGUAGGUACCUCAUCCCUAAGUACGGGUAAUCAUUUAGAUGUCCCGCAAUCGGGUAAUCCAAAUCUAUUGAGCCCAGAUAUUUUAAAUCAAAGAAGGGGGAGCCGCCGCCCAUCCAUUUUACCUGUGCCUGACAUGUUCACCUCUUCCUCAUUUAGCAUAUCCGGCAACGAUGAUGGCGACGAGGGCGAUGAAAGUGAUGAUGAAAUUGAUGACGAUGUACCAUGGCGUUCACCAUCCGAGAAAAUAGCGUAA